ACAGGAAACCGCAGAUUAUUGCUCGUAAAAAUAAAUAUUUACCAUAAAUUAUGUAGCUAGUAAUUUAAAGUUAAAAACAUCAUCACUUUCAAACCGAAGAUAGCUGGCAAUUAUCCAAGUGAACAGGAGAAAUAUCAAAUCAAAUGUUAAACUGCAAGACUACAGGAUACAUCACAAAACGUUCCAUAUCAACGACGCCGGGGAUAACAUGGGGAGUGUAAGCAACAAUAUCGCAUUAUAUGAUGAAAUACUUUAUACGAGUGAAAUCAAACUUCAAAGAAAAUCCAGAGAUAUAAUGAUUAAUACGUGGGCCAUAGAGAAAUGUUUAGAAGAACAUGUAAUAAAUGAUACCUUAGGAAGUGACAUAGAUCAUGUUUAUACUUAUAAUGGAACCCAAGUAACAUGUUUAGAACACGCCCCAAUUUUAACUAAAAGCACCGUGAUAAGAGCGAGUGUACUUUCGGUGAUAGCAAUUUUAUCUUUCAUUGGUAAUUUUGCAACUAUGAUAAGUGUUCAGAGAGGAAAACGAGGUCGACGACGUACAAGACCAUCAUGGACAGCGAUAUACAGCCUAAUAUUCCAACUCAGCAUAGCAGAUUUGCUGGUGACCAUAUUUUGCAUAGCAGGAGAAGCUGCUUGGUCUUUCACGGUUCAAUGGUUAGCUGGAAAUGCCAUGUGUAAAAUAUUCAAGUUCUUACAAAUGUUUUCUUUGUACUUGAGCACAUUUAUCCUCGUACUAAUCGGGGUAGACAGAUGGCUAGCAGUCAAAUAUCCUAUGAAGAGUAUGGCAACAGCUUCACGGAGCGUAAGAUUGGUGAUAAUUGCAUGGAUACUCAGUUUCGUUUUAAGUAUACCUCAGGUGGUGGUUUUCCGUGUGGCAAAAGGACCAUUUCUUGAAGAUUUUUACCAAUGUGUUACUCAUGGCUUUUACACGGAAAGAUGGCAAGAGCAAACAUAUACCACACUAUCUCUGGUAUUCAUGUUCAUUCUUCCGCUAAUCAUCUUAACAGCAACAUAUGUUUCAACUGUUCGAACUAUAGCGAAGAGUGAAAAGGUGUUUCAGCCAGAGGUGAAACAAGAAAAUUAUCUAACCCCAGAUAUGAAUCGUCGUCGACUUAUAGACCGGGCUAAAAUGAAAUCUUUAAGAAUGUCUGUUGUGAUCGUCACGGCUUUUAUAAUUUGGUGGACACCAUAUUAUGUUAUGAUGGUCAUAUUUACAUUCCUUAAUCCUGAUAGAAAUCUGAGUGAGGAUCUACUAUCGGGAAUUUUCUUUUUCGGCAUGUCAAAUAGUCUUGUCAAUCCAGUCAUAUACGGCGCCUUUCAUUUGUGGCCUAAAAAGAAACGACCUAGAAACAGUGACAGAGAAUCAGGGGGACCGCAAGCAUCCCUCUUACGUCGUGGAGAUCAUACUUCCUCUGUAAGGCUAACCACAAUCCGUUCUCUCAGGUCGUCAGCAAAAUCAUCGAACGGUCAAAAUAUGAGUUUAUUAUAGCCCAUAAGCACCGUUACGGUCAAUAAACGAAUCAUUGAAGAGACUUGUUAGUGUUAGCGAUCACUAGUCAUUUUUAUUUGUAGUAUUUAUAGUGAUUUUAUUCUGAUGUUGUUUCAUAUAAGCUAUUGUACACAUGUCUAUUUCGAUUUAUGUCAUUUACAAAUGUUAAUUUACUUAAAAGCUGUUGAUAGUAAUUCGAUGUAAUGUGAUAGAUUAUGUUAAUGUAGUUUUAUUGAUUAAGUAAUUAUAAUAAUAUAAGUAAAGUAUAAUA